CAUCAGCCUUGAAAAGUCCGCACUCGGGCGUGGAGCGCAGCGCAAGGCGUAGCUUGAUCGGCUCGGCGCUUAGAGCAUCACUUCGACAGAAGUCUAUACACACCAUGGCAAACAGAGGGCCCGCUUAUGGACUCAGCCGAGAGGUUCAGCAGAAGAUCGACAAACAGUAUGACCCUGAACUGGAGCAGAUCCUGACCCAGUGGAUUGUGGCACAGUGCGGUCCAGAGAUUGGGCAGCCCCAGCCCGGGAAGGACGAGUUCCAGAAGUGGCUGAAAGAUGGCACUAUUCUCUGCAAGCUCAUCAACAGCUUGUACGCCAAGGGCCAGGGCCCCGUGGCCAAAAUCCAGGCUUCCGCCAUGGCCUUUAAACAGAUGGAGCAGAUUUCACAGUUCCUCCAGGCGGCUGAGCGUUAUGGCAUCCUCGCCACGGACAUAUUCCAGACGGUGGACCUCUGGGAAGGUAAGAACAUGGCCUGUGUGCAGAGGACCCUGAUGAAUCUGGGAGGCUUGGCAGUCGCUAAAAAUGACGGAUUCUUUGCUGGAGACCCCAACUGGUUCCCGAAGAAGUCUCAAGAGAACCGUCGCGCCUUCUCGGAUGACAAGCUCAAGGAAGGACAGAGCGUCAUCGGCCUUCAGAUGGGCACAAAUCGGGGCGCUUCCCAGGCGGGCAUGACAGGUUACGGGAUGCCACGCCAGAUCCUUUGAGCCCUGCUUGCCUCUCGAUCCAUCCUUGGCCUCCUAACAUUUUAAAUCUCUCUAAAAGCCUUAAAAGGGGGGGGGGAGGUUUUCCAGUGCCCGUGUCCCCGUACUCACCAUUGCCAAUGUGUGCCCCUUGCUGCUCUUAAUUUCCUUUUACUGAAUUCCAUUUUUGGCAUUUCCAACUGGAGUAAACAUUGGCCUCAUUUUUUUUUCUCCCCCCAGAGUAUUUUAAGUUUUCUUCCACUCCUCCCCAGACCAAAUGUGCUGGGACCAAGGAAACCCCUCGUGCCCGCAGUCCACAAGUAAUGCCAAAACGGCUCUAAUAUGGACCAAAUACCUCUUGAGCCUGGAGCGCUUUGUCUCCGACUCACAUUCCGGCAUCUAGCUUCACAACACAGCUCCUCUUUAGCCGAAGCUUCUGGACCAAAAUAGCUGCAUUUUCUGGGCUCCAGGUUAGCAAACUUCUCUUCCCCCCCUGCCCCCCCCCCCCCGCCCAGCAGCUUGCCAGCAUACUGGCACCUUAUUUCUAGACUCUCCACCCUGAAUGCAGAACUUCUCAGCUAACCCUGACCUGAAAUACAAAAGUGGUAAGGGAGACAAGAUGGCUUUUGAACACACACACACCCCUGGAGUGGGAGGGUCAGGUGGUUGGCAAGAUUUCAGAGAAGCAGAAGGUGGCCCUCUUGGUGCUAGGUUCAAUUCCUCCCUUUUUUUGAAGCUGCUUUGAGGGGGGGAGUGGUGUUGGCAAAAGGGAUUUAACUAAGCCGCUCUCUCUGCUCUGGAGUCGCCUUCAGGUUCAUGGCUGGCUGUGUUCCACCUUCUUCCACACCUUGGCAAUUUUUUUUUUCAGUGGAAUUCUGAUUUUUUGUAUGCUAGAGCGAUGCCUCGUGCUUGGUGGGGAACUGGUGGGGGGCUUUAGUCUCCCCCUCCUGGGGUAAAGGCUCACAGCUGUUAACCUGGGCUCUUAAAACCAUGUAGCAUUCUUGACUGUGGAAUGUGCUCUUGCCUCAAGGCCUCUGAUAAGGAAUAAAGAUUGCUCAAUCCUUGUUUAUAA